UCAAGAUUUUUAAAGUGCAUGUUGUUAAAGAUUUUUUAGUUGCUAUUAAAGAUUUUAGAAUUUAUGGACUACUAAUCUGAUUAUUUAGGUCAUGUUAAAAAAUUUUUAGGCGCUGUUAAAGAUUUUUUAAGUAAUCAUCAAGAUUUUUUGUUUUGUUGGACGAAAUAUUGUCAUUGCAAAUUUGCCAUUUAUCACCUCACUCACUAGAAGCACCAGAAUAUUCAUCUGAAUCAAUCAUCAAAUUUUGCAUCUGAUGCCUUAUUCAUAGAUGGAGGCAUCCCUUCCAUGGAUGGAUCAAUGAUUUCAUCUGUUUUACCAAUAACCAAGAUUAGGCACCGAUUAUAUUGUUUAAUAGCACAACCUUACAAGAAUAGAAGAAAAUAGUGCCAUGCACCAUCAAGGUAGGAAAUGCUGCUAUAGAUAAGGCUGCAUUGAAAAUUUUUUAUGUCCUUCCAGGUGCUUUAGUUCAUAUUUAAUUAGUUCUUUGAUAAAGCUUUUAUCCUUUUCUUUUAAUGCUGGUUGAAUUAUAUUAACUAGGUGAACUGGUGUGAUUAUUUUAGUUUGUGGUUAUGUAUUGACUUAAAUAAAUUUAUUUGUUGAUUAAGUUACUAUAUGUUAUUUGUUCUUGUGGUUAUAUAUUGUUUGCUAAUACAUGUUAUUGUUCUUCAUAUCUAGGAUAUUUAAAAUAUCAAGGUUUAAUAGUUCUGAAGCUGCAGUGAGUUGUAAAGCUACUACUGUUUCAACCACUCAGCUACAUUUAGUAAAAUUAAAAUACUAAAUGGAUUUGGGAUGGGUUUGGAUUUGGGUACCCUCAAUUUCGCGGGUACCCUACUCAUUUACGUCCCUACUACUUCAAUAGUGCCUCCUCCAUUUCACUGUAAAUUUAGAGUUUAUUAACUUAUUUACAUUUUAUCUAAUAAUUAUUUUGAAAAGUUUAAAAGUAAUUGUAAUAUAAAUAAAUUAAAUGGAUGUUUAAAUUUGUCGCAUAUUAUAUGAGAUGUGUUAAUCAUUUAAUUAAAUGGUUAGUCAUAAGAUAGAAUAAAUCAACGUCCAUAACACACAUUUUGUACUGUGUAAUAAAUGAAUGAUUUUAUUAACCAAAUUUAUUUAUAUUGAACCUAAAUUUAAGUGGACAGCCUAUAACUAAGAUGAAGUUCAAAAAGGGUCCUACCUAAAACGUUGACCUGAAGCAUCCAUGUACUUUCUUGUUCUAAUGCUUUCUUCUUCUUCUUCUUCUUCUUCUUUGGAUCUACAGAAGCUAACAUGUUCACAAUUUCAAUACUUCUUGCUAUAGUUUUAAGGACAGCUUGUGGUUUUCAUAGUUCCUGUUUGGUACCAUGGCUUUGUUUCAUGGUAAAUUGAUUGUAUUCCAUCCCAAAGCGGAGGGCUCCAUAGUUUCUCACUGCCCCAGAUCACAAAUUCGUGAAUUUAGUCUCUACUCAGGUCUCAGUUCGCUUGAUUCUUUUCAGCAUAGCUGUAGUAAACUUAGACACGGACUGAAGUCUGUAAUUAAAUUAAGAAAGUUGCAGCAUCCACAUGCGUUGGUUAUCACAAAUGAGUAUCCGCAAAAUGCUGAUUUCCCUCGAAAUUACUCGACGAAAGAGAAAAAGCCCUUUCCAGUACCCGUAGUUGAAUUGAGACGAGCUGCGAGAGAGAGAUUCAAGAACAGGAAAGGCCAGCCUAAAAGACAAGCCCCUCCUCCAAAAAAUGGCUUAGUUGUUAAGAGCCUCAUACCACUUGCUUAUGAUGUGUUCAAUGCUAGGAUUAUCAUGAUUAACAAUCUCAAGAAAUUGUUGAAAGUGGUGCCUGUGCAUGCUUGUGGGUGGUGUAAUGAAAUCCAUGUGGGACCUGUAGGACAUCCAUUCAAGUCAUGUAAAGGCAAAUAUGCUAGCCUCCGAAAGGGCCUUCAUGAGUGGACAAAUGCAACUAUCGAAGAUGUGUUUGUUCUUAUAGAAGCCUACCACCUUUUCGACCGCCUAGGAAAGCGCAUUUCUCACGAGGAGAGAUUUUCAAUCCCCCGAAUUCCUGCUGUAGUCGAGCUCUGCAUUCAAGCAGGCGUGGAUAUGUCCGAAUAUCCGACGAAAAGGAGAAGAAAACCGAUCAUUCGUAUCAGUAGAAGUGAAUUUGUUGAUGCAGAUGAAAGUGAGCUACCGGACCCUGUCCCAGAAGUUCCUGUAAAGCCACUAUUAAGUGAAAUACCUAACUCAGAAAUAGUAGCCCCAUCUAAUGAAGAAGAAAGCAAAUUUCUUGCUGAGGAAACACUGCAAGCAUGGGAGAAGAUGAGGAAAGGAGCCAAGAGGCUGAUGAAGAUCUAUCCAGUGAGAGUUUGUGGAUAUUGCCCAGAGGUGCAUGUAGGACCCAGUGGACACAAAGCACAGAACUGUGGAGCCCACAAGCACCAGCAAAGAAAUGGGCAACACGGUUGGCAGGCUGCGGUUCUUGAUGACUUGAUACCACCAAGAUACGUUUGGCAUGUUCCUGAUGUAAAUGGUUCACCAAUGCAGCGGGAGCUUAGGAAUUUCUAUGGACAAGCCCCUGCCAUUGUGGAAAUCUGCAUUCAGGCGGGUGCAGAUGUGCCAGAGCAAUACAAAUCAACUAUGAGGUUGGAUAUUGGAAUCCCCACCAGUGUUAGAGAAGCUGAAAUGGUUGUUUGAGGUAUUGUAUUUCACCUCUUUCCAAAUGAACUGUUGUAAAUUGUAUGCAGAAUAUUGGAAGUGAAGACGAUGUAGAUUUUUUCA